AAGCUCCCCUUGAGCAAAAACGAACCACUGCGCAUGCGUGGAACAUUCGAUCACUGGUGGUGUAGCUAACGGCUAAGCUACGAAUCCAGCCAACAUGGAGAGAAAAGUUCUGGCACUUCAGGCGAGGAAGAAGAGGGCGAAAGCGAAGAAGACCAACAAAAAGCAGCCAGUCAAUCCCAGAGCUCGACAGCCGCCCCAGCUAGAAGCGUCGCCCCAGGAACCCGAGGAACCUGAGGAGAUUCUCGGCUCUGAUGAUGAGGAGCAGGAGGACCCUAAUGACUACUGCAAAGGUGGCUACCACCAUGUGAAAGUAGGAGACCUUUACAAUGGAAAAUACCAUGUAAUCCGGAAACUGGGCUGGGGACACUUCUCCACCGUGUGGCUCGCCUGGGACAUUCAGGUGAAAAGGUUUGUUGCAAUGAAGGUGGUGAAGAGUGCGGAGCACUACACAGAGACAGCAGUGGAUGAGAUCAAACUCCUCAGAUCUGUAAGAAACUCAGACCCCAAUGAUCCCAACCGGGAGAUGGUGGUCCAGCUGCUAGACGACUUCAAGAUCUCUGGAGUUAAUGGAACUCAUGUCUGCAUGGUGUUUGAGGUGUUGGGGCAUCACUUAUUAAAGUGGAUAAUAAAGUCCAAUUACCAAGGGCUGCCCCUGCCAUGUGUGAAGAGCAUAGUAAGACAGGUACUCCAAGGCUUGGACUACCUACACACAAAGUGUCAGAUCAUCCACACAGACAUCAAGCCAGAGAAUAUCCUGAUGAGUGUUGAUGAGCCUUAUGUCCGGAAGCUCGCAGCUGAAGCCACUGAGUGGCAGAGGGCGGGGGCGCCUCCCCCCUCUGGUUCAGCAAUAAGCACAGCGCCUGCUCCAAAACAGACAGUAAAAAUGUCCAAGAACAAGAAGAAGAAGUUAAAAAAGAAGCAGAAGCGCCAGGCGGAGCUGCUGGAAAAGUGCAUCCUGGACCUGGAGGAGAUGGAAAAGACCACAGAGACACGAGAGGAGGAAGAUGAUGAAGACGAGGACCCACAGUCUCCAAAGGGACGGGCCUGUGCUCCUCUCAGACAGGUGUCUCUUUUGGAGCUAGGAAACGAGGAAACAGGGGAAAGCAGUGUGAAUGCAGAUCUUAUAAGGGUGGGACCAGAAGGGCUGUUAGAGGUGAACUGCAAUGGCCAUGUGGACGUAGACCAGAGGCAAUCCCAGUGGAGAGACGAAGACCAACACAACGGCAACGCAGAGCCCACAGAGAAAUGUGCCAGUCAGAAGGAGCGAUGCAAGGAGUCCCCAGUUCACCCUGUCUGCAACGGUUUGGACUCUGCAGAUGUCAAGGAGCUGGAUGUUGAGACUGAAGGCAGGGUUGCUCACAGCAGUGGAGUCCCUGAGAGACACCUUCCUACUGGGCCGGAGGAGGAAGAACUGGAGCAAAGCAUUUUGCGGGAGGAGGGGGAGGAUGGAUCUGACUGUCAAUAUACAACUGAGGAAAGCCUGAGAAAUGGCAAGCUCACAGCAGGAUCCCUGCUAGUUAACCCCCUUGAGCCAGUCAAUGCGGACCAGAUCAAGGUCAAGAUUGCAGACUUGGGAAAUGCCUGCUGGGUGCACAAGCACUUUACAGAAGACAUCCAAACACGGCAGUACCGGUCCUUAGAGGUGCUCAUUGGUUCUGGAUACAGCACACCAGCUGAUAUAUGGAGCACAGCCUGCAUGGCAUUUGAGCUUGCCACAGGGGACUACUUGUUUGAACCACAUUCUGGUGAAGAUUAUUCCAGGGAUGAAGACCAUCUUGCUCUCAUGAUUGAGUUGCUUGGUAAAAUCCCUCGUCACUAUGCUCUGAGUGGGAAAUACUCACAGGAAUACUUCACCAAGAGAGGUGAUUUGAAACACAUCACCAAGCUGAAGCCGUGGGGCCUGCUGGAGGUGCUGAUUGACAAGUACGAGUGGCCCCGUGAAGAAGCCGAGUGCUUCGCUGACUUCCUGAUUCCCAUGUUGGAGCUGAUCCCAGAGAAAAGAGCCACGGCCGCAGAGUGCUUGCGCCACCCCUGGCUCGCCCUCUAGUGGAGACCUCCAGCCAGUGCACCUCCCUUCCCUCCCACUCUCUCCAGAGACUGCAACAGAUCACUUUCCAGUUUGGGCAUAUCAGAUGAAUAUUUAUUUCUCUUUUUGUUUUCGUCGUUUUGGAUUUCUUAUGUUCUUGAACUAAUGCUUCUGUGUAUGUUUGCUUUGUAUUUGUUGGUUCUUCUCUCGGUGUGAUGACGUCGGGAAUCCAGUGGAUUAUAUUACUUUGUGGUCAUGUUGGCUCCAACUGCUGUGCUCCGUUCAACCACCCAACUAAGCGAACCUGUUAUUGUACUGCUAGUGACUCAUCCUUGUUUGUUACACUCCUGCACUAAAACCCAAACAAAUCAAGGAUAUGUAGCCUUUAUUGGUCAUUUUUGUCCCCUUUAAAAAAAGACUUGCUAUCACUUCUUUUCUCGUACAUUUUCAUUAGUGCUGUGUUGUUUUUUUUUUAAAGAAUUAUUUUAUCUUAUAUUACACAUUUAAGGUAUAUAUUUUGUAUUUGUAAAGUAGGCUUAGGAAGUUGCACACUGGGCUGACAUUUACACUGACUACGGUUAUUGCAUUUCUGCAGACAGACUCUAGUUUCUUACUGAGACGUCCACUGUCUGAUAAUGUAGGUCAUAUUAUUUAGGCAUAACAAAUCCGUUGUCACUUGGUAUUUAGUGUGGUUAGUUAAUUAUAAUAAAUGAGAUCUUUCAUUCUCAUGGGAGGCUGGUAUUCUCAUACACCUAUUACAAUUCAGGAAUAUAGUGUUUUUAAAGGUUUCAACCAGACGACACGCGAAGAAGCCCAAUUUAAAGGAGAAAAAAAAGGUGGAAAUAAACUGUAUAUAUCUGUACCAAAGAGUUUGCCUUUAUGUAUAUUACAGUUAUGUACAGUUUUUAACAAAUCUUAUAUCUUAGCUAAAAUUAUUUAGCUGGGUAGCUGUGUUUUAAUAAAGCGUAUGGAAGAUGUGUUUGAGCUCAGUUGUAUGUAUGGCCAACUGUUCAAUAAUGUCACUGUUUUUACCAUAACAAUGGUGAGAUCUGAUGUUAUGUAAUGGUGUCCCAAAUUGAUCAUAUCAGAGUAACCUAUGUAUCUGUUGAGGCCUAGGUAAAAAACUAAAUUUACAUCAGUGUCAGAUUCAAAAACAUAGACUUUAUGUGAGCUGUCAAUUAACAAAACUGUACAACACACCAUACAAUAAAACAGAUGUUCAUACAACACAAAA